UUACUUUCCUGCAUUCAGGCCGUCGUUCGUUCGUGCACCUCGAGUUACGCUUGUCCUCAAUUACGACGCUGGCUCCGAGGGAACCAUCGACGGUUUGGUAUUCUGAUGCCUCUCCUGGCCUUGCCUCGACCUGCGUUUCGCCAAGGUUGCUUGCUUUCGCAACUGUCACAAGGAUCCUGUAUAUCAUGCUUUCAUACAUCUGCUUCUGUUCAGGCCAAGGGCAAGAAGAGUGCAAUAGAGAGAAAGCGAACGCGGAGCAUACCGGAUGAUGAUGACCCUGCUGCAGCCUGGAAUUCACGUCCAUUAGGUGCAGUCGCUUGCCAAAAUGAUGCGUAUAUGCGUAUUGACGUAAAAUACGAUGUGCGUCACUAGCUUCGCGUAAACGCCUUGUGAAAGACCUUCUACCUCGUUCUGCGGGCAAAGAAAAACAUGCCAGACUGAUCGUCGCCAAACGUGCAAAAGCUCGUCCUCC